CAUGCAGUUGACCAUUACUUCACAGAGCUCUCCAGUUGGAUAUCCCCAUAAGAAGCUAACAACCUAAGAGUGCCUACUAUUGCCCCUGAUGUUCUCCAUAGGGCUUUCUAUGAUGUUACGAGGAAACAAAUAGUACAACAAAUAGUUGGACAUCCAACAAAUAGUAAGAAAAAGGCCAUUUCAUUCUGAUACUGCUUCUUUUGACUGUGGUCAGGUUUCCUACUCUGGUUUUAUUAUUAAAGAUGUACAAACUUUAAACCAAAAGGGUAAAAGCUGCUGCUGGGCAGAUGUGGACUUCAAAUCUCUCCAAGAUCCGACAAGCUCUUAAAAAUGUUUACCAUAAAUGUAAGAACCACCCAGAUUCAAUUAGACAUCCAACUAUGACUUCCUAUGAUUGUGAUCAAGAUGACAUGAGUACUGAUGAAGAAAUGAAUCUUACAGUAAUGCUCCAAGAUAUUAAAACUGCCCAAAUUGAACUCCUCAGCCAAAUGACUGACAUUCUCCGUGUGGUAUCCAAAAUGCAGGAAAAUACUGACUUUUAUCAGAAGCAGAUGGAGAUACUGGAAACCAGAAUGAAUAUUAAUGAAGACAAACAAUGUACAGUAACUAAAGAUAUCUUCUCUAUGAAGAAACACAUUGAUGCUUUAAAGAAGAAGGUAACAGAACUGGAAAGCCAGAAUUGUUGCUCCAGCAUACAUUGUUUAGAAGUUCUGGAAGGAGAACUUCUGGGUAAAGAGAUCAUAGAACAGCUUCACAAACUCAUACAACCAGAAACUUUGAAGAACACAUUGGCUUCUACACACAACAGAAUCUCUUCAGCAGAACCAGAAAAAGUGCCCAGUUGUCCUGAGCCCACUGAUCAUCUUGAGAAGAAAACAAUUUCCUCCAAAACUAAAACUCUGAAAAAAAGUAAUGACCAAAAUGCAUUAAGAAGCCUUAGAAAAGCAAAGUCAAAUAUUUAUAUUUAUCCAGACUUUAGUACAUGGAUCAAGCUAACUUUUGUUCUUGAAGGAAAGUGGAGAUUUUUCCUCAAAGCUACCAAGUUACAGGAAUUCAUCCAGGGGCUUCUUUCUAGGCCAACCAUCCCUCCUGAGGAACCACAACUCAUAACCCAGAGAUAUUGUCCCUUCACUGGGCCUAUUGCGAGUUUGACGGCAUUCUGUCUCUCUGUUUUCAACUAUGUUUAUUGUCUUUUUGGUUUCUCAAAAGAGGAAGUAACUCGACUAUAGAGUCAUUUUCUGCUUUGUUUGGCACAAAAUAAAUGUAACUUGGUUGUUCCAAGCAUUGACACAUCUUUGCAGUGGUUGUGAACUCCUUGGCAGUUUGUUCACUGUAGGCUUACGGCCUAUGAAGAUUUUAUGUGUCUCAGGCAAGAUAUAUCAUCCCAUUGGACAAUUGUGAUGUAUUUUCUGUCAGUGUUCUUGUUUUCUCACAGGCAAGUCAUGAGGACUCACCCAGUGCCUGUGUUAUAGAUCAUUGGAAGGAAAGAAUAAAGAAGUCAAGGGAAUAAAGAGCACAUUUGGUAGUCCCCA